UUUUAGACGAAAACCUAUCUCGCAUUAUAUAAACUGAUGGACCCAACAACUCCCAACUCAGAGCGUGAUUGAAGCUUGGCGUGCGAUUGUGUGAAAACCAGUAAAAGUUAAAAAAUAUUCCAAAAUGUCUGUUGUUCCAUUGUUGUUCCGUGAUUGGUGGGAUGAUUUCGACAUGCCCAUUCGUACUUCAAGACUCCUGGACCAGCACUUCGGUACCGGACUAAGACGAGAUGAUCUUGCCUCAUCUUUCUGGAAUUCGACACCAUCCAUCCUCCGCAGUGGAUACAUCCGCCCCUGGAGGAAUACCGCCUUGCAGAAACAAGACUCCGGUUCCACCUUGAAUGUCGAUAAGGAUAAAUUCACUGUCAUCCUCGAUGUUCAACAAUUUACGCCGAACGAAAUCACUGUCAAGACCACCGACAAGUUCAUCAUAGUUGAAGGAAAGCACGAAGAGAAACAGGACGAGCACGGUUUUGUAGCUCGCCAAUUCACAAGGCGUUACGUCUUGCCAGUUGGUAUCAAUCCAAAUGACGUCACAUCCACCCUUUCUUCCGACGGAGUUUUAACUAUCACAGCCCCAAGGAAACCCCUCCCACCACCAACUACUGAACGUAUUGUUCCAAUCACGCAAACUGGAUCGGCCAAAGAAGAAUCUGCACCAAAAAUGGGGCUACCUUGAGAAAUCGCGCGAAAUUCUGUUUGUAACGCAUAUACCUUGUAUGUGAUUCGGUAAUGUGUAUCUCUAUAUUUUUUAAUUUAUUUUAUUUAUAAUUCUACCAAUAAUAAAAUGGUACUUUUUAUACUGUUCGGCUAAGAAAAAA